UCUCCAUGGAUUUUAUAUGCACAGAACAAGUGGUACUGAAAGCGCUUCCUUAGCACGUUUUAGCUGCAUUAUUUUAUGAUUCAUUCUUUGUAUUUUCACGAAAACCUUGUCGUCUGUUUAGCGGUUAAGACAUAAAAAUGUCAGGAAUCCCCCCAGACUCAUGGCAGCCCGCGACGGUGUCACUCGAGACCUCUAUGGGGACCAUGGUGUUGGAGUUGUACUGGAAACAUGCACCUAAAACCUGCAAGAACUUCGCCGAGCUGGCAAGGCGAGGAUAUUACAGCACCACCAAGUUUCAUCGCAUCAUUAAAGACUUCAUGGUGCAGGGCGGUGACCCUACAGGAACAGGCCGUGGUGGUGCUUGUAUAUACGGAAAACAGUUUGAGGACGAACUUCACCCAGAGUUGAAAUUCACAGGUGCUGGAAUCCUUGCUAUGGCUAACGCAGGCCCGGACACAAACGGCAGUCAGUUCUUUUUGACUUUGGCCCCCACACAGUGGCUUGAUGGCAAGCACACUAUAUUUGGGCGAGUUUGUCAAGGCAUGAGUGUUCUCAGUCGAAUUGGCAUGGUGGAGACUAACAGUCAAGAUCGCCCUGUGGAGGAGAUAAAAAUCCUCCGGGUGACUUUAUCUAACUGACACAUGUCAAAGUUCACAUAUCAUUUUGUACAGUAUUGUUAUUUUUUAACAAUAAACCAUUAUUUUGUAUUUUAUAA